AUGAGAUUGCUCGGCAGUCUCACCUUGCUCUACCUCGGGUCUUUCUCCGCAUUUGUCAGCGCAGAGCUGACCUACGAGGAAGCCAAGGACAAGGGUAAUGCUCUAUCCUGCCUGAUGGAGAACACGCAGGCGGGUGCAGAGGCCUACAUGGAGACCUACAAGCCCGGGACGGCUGUGGCAAGUCCUUACACUGCUUAUAGUGAUCUGACUAAAUGGGGAUGGCAAGAUUCGGAUAAUUAUCCCGAGGGUAAUUAUGAAGGUGUCUUGGACAAUUAUCUCACCACACAACUGGAUAUGGAGAAUGAAGGUGGGGUGCCGAUCGAACAAACCCAGACAAAGUCACCUCUCGUGGUUGAGGGUAUUACCUAUCCGCCUAGUGGAGGAAGAUAUGCAAACGUCUAUUAUCCGGAGGAAGGCCUGAUCAUUGCAGAUGAGAACUAUGGUCCGAGGAACAACAAGAAGAUUGCGGAAGACGGCCAGCCCUAUGUCAAGUUGCAGCAGUGGUCCGAUGUUGUCUACCUGAACUGGGAAAACCAGGCAGGAAGCGAUGUUUCCGAGUUGAAGGCUGUCAUUCGGUUCAGCAUUUCCAACCUCGGUGCCCAAGCAGUCAUGAACACGGUGACUGGGGGUGCAGUCAUUGGGGGCUAUAAGAGCCCUAUGAAGUUUGAGUCUGGGUCCGCUAACUACAAUGCUCUGCUUGGAACUCCGAACGGGUCGGGUGUGGCCUGGCUUCUGAUCAAUCACAAGGCGCAACUUGGAAUCAAGACGAUCAAGUCUAUUUCCUUGUUCCGGUCCAAGGAGCCCUUGGGGGGUGAUCCGGUUACGAACAUGGCGUUUGAGAUAGUGGAUUGGGAGGAUACGUCCUCGACGACGUCGUCUUAG